AAACAAUCAAAAUAAAUUUGUUGAUUGGCUAAAAGUAUUCAUUGCAAUACUUUUGUUAAAAAAAGCUGACCAUAAUAGUUUUAUCAAAGAAUGUCAAAUUUUCAAUGGCAACAAAUUUUCGGAAAAGUUUCGAUGGGAUUAUGUAAAUCGAUACAAAAAAAGCCGGAUUUUUUCUACACAGGCGAAUAUAAAUUGAUAUAUAAUGAUUGUCUUCAAGACAUUCAUAAUGAAACAAUAACCGAUUCUCUAAGGAAAAUCUAUUGUUGUAAAGAUGAUUUAACUGAUGAAAAGAAUGAUGUUUAUAUAUAUCAUGAAUAUUGUUGUACCUGGUCCAAUCUAAUGAAUCAGCACAAGAAUUCUUUGUUGUUUUUAACACUGUUAAUUUUGGGAAAUACUCUCAUUUUAGCCUGUAGCAUUAUUUCAAAUUGUUAUUUAAUUUGGGUUUCUAUCAAACAAUCGGAAGACGAUGUUUAUAAUGGCUUUAAUCGAAAAGCAUUUAGAUCAAAGCCACGAUUUCCUUCAUUCGGCAACAUAACUGAAAUAUUACGUAGCAAAAAUCCUAUGGUACGAUUAAAAUUGGAAUUUGAUGUCGAUAAUAUAGAAACGACAAUUGAUUGGAAACUAGCGAAUGAUCGUUUUACACCAAUGCAAAAUUCAUUUGUAUCUUCAAUCACAAAAUCUGAAUUGAGUGACUAA